AUGGAGGUUAAUGUGUUGUCUAAGAAGUUGAUAAAACCAUCAACUCCCACCCCAAAUCAUCCCAAAACUUACAAGUUAUCUUUCUUUGAUCAAUUGGCUCCUCCAGCACAUAUUCCUCUCAUUUUCUUCUACACCGCUGAUGAUGAUACCAACAAAGAGACGGUCAAAAUUGACCAAAAACUACAACAACUAGAAAAAUCAUUAUCAGAAAUCCUAACCCUAUUCUACCCAGAAGCCGGAAGAUUUGUAAAUGAUGAUCUCUUGAUAGAUUGUAAUGACCAAGGUGUUGAAUUCUUGGAAGCCAAAGUCAAUGUUCAACUCAUGGAGUUUCUCAAUCAAGGUCCUAAGCUUGGGCUUGUCAACCAGUUUGUUCCAUGGAGUAUAGGGCCAGCCAAGUUAGCCACCACUCCGAUGGUGGCGAUUCAAGCCACCGUCUUCGAAUGUGGUGGUCUAGCCAUAUGUGUCCACGCUUCGCACAUUGUAAAUGAUGGAUUCACGGGAAGUAGGUUCAUUCAAGCUUGGGCCACUGCAAGCCGGCUAGGGCUCAGCAAAGUAGUAUGUCCGAGUUUUGACCUACCGUCUCUCUUCCCAUCGAGAGAUGUCUCUGCUGUCCUCAAAGCCCCACCCCCUAAAGACGCCGGGGCUAAGGUUAUCACAAGGAGGUUCCUGUUUGAUGCAGCGACAAUAUCUGCAUUCAAACAGGAAGUCAAAGAUAGUAUCAGUGAACGGGAACCUUCAAAACUAGAGGUGGUGAUGGCAUCCACAUGGAAGGCUCUCAUCCGCCUCAACCGAGUGAAACAUGAGGGGAAGCUGAGGCCUUCUGUAAUGACCCUACCAGUGAAUUUGCGAGGUAGAACAGCCUUAGAAACCCCAAAGAACUCUUUUGGAAAUUUUUACAUGACAUGUCCAUCCAAAUUUGAACCAGAGGAGAGCGAAACAACCCUUCUCUCUCACUUGGUGGGUCUUAUCAGGAAUACAGUGAGGAACACACUUGCAAAAGCUGCAAAACUCACCAAUGCCGAUGAGGUUUUCGCGGCGCUGUUGAACGAUCUCAAUGAAGCGAUGGGAGCGGUUACCGACGAGGAAGUUGAUGCACAUUUUUUCACUACCAUGUGUGGAUUCUCCUUGUAUGACACUGAUUUUGGUUUUGGCAAGCCAUUUUUGGUGAGUAAUGCAAGUGUACCUGUGGAAUUGGUUUCUUUGAUGGACACCAAGUGUGGGACUGGAAUUGAAGUAUGGUUGAGCUUGAAGCAACCAGACAUGGCUGUGCUGGAAAAAGAUUCAGAGCUUAGAGCUUUGAUGAUUAUGGGUUAA